AUGAGUGCAACCGAACCAACAAACGAAAAGGUCGACAAGAUUGUCCAAGAUGAUGACGAGGAUGAGGACAUUGAUCAAUUAAUUCUCGACUUGCAAUCCAACCACGGUUUAGGUGACGACGACGAAGAAGAGGAGGAAGCUGACAACUCUUCUUUCAAGGCUGUUCCUGAAGAAUUGUUGCAAACUGACCCUAAGGUCGGUUUGACUGACGCUGAAGUUGAAAAGAGAAGAAAGAAGUACGGUUUGAACCAGAUGGCCGAAGAACAAGAAAACUUGAUUCUCAAGUUCGUUAUGUUUUUCGUUGGUCCAAUUCAAUUCGUUAUGGAAGCCGCUGCUAUUUUGGCUGCUGGUUUGGAAGAUUGGGUCGAUUUCGGUGUUAUCUGUGCUUUGCUUUUAUUGAACGCUUCUGUUGGUUUCAUUCAAGAAUACCAAGCUGGUUCUAUUGUUGAAGAAUUGAAGAAGACUUUGGCUAACACUGCCAAUGUCAUCAGAAACGGUACCUUGGUUGAGGUUGCCGCCAACCAAAUUGUCCCAGGUGACAUUUUGCAAUUGGAAGAUGGUGUUGUUAUCCCAGCUGAUGGUAGAAUUGUUACUGAGAACUGUUUGUUGCAAGUUGACCAGUCCGCCAUUACCGGUGAGUCUUUGGCUGUUGACAAGAGAGGUGGUGACUCCUGUUACUCUUCUUCCACUGUUAAGACUGGUGAAGCUUUCAUGGUUGUCUCUGCUACUGGUGACUCUACUUUCGUCGGUAGAGCUGCUGCUUUGGUCAACAAGGCCUCUGGUGGUACCGGUCACUUUACCGAAGUCUUGAACGGUAUUGGUACUAUCUUGUUGGUUUUGGUCAUUGUUACUUUGUUGGUUGUCUGGGUCGCUUGUUUCUACAGAUCCGUCAGAAUUGUUGCUAUCUUGAGACACACCUUGGCUAUCACUAUCAUGGUGUCCAGUCGUUUGCAGCUGUCGUCACCACACCAUGGCUGUCGUGCUGCUACUGCUAGAGCAGCUAUGUUCAAAAGUGUCUGCUCUGAGUCUUUGGCUGGUGUUGAGAUCUUGUGUUCCGACAAGACCGGUACCUUGACCAAGAACAAGUUGUCUUUGCACGAGCCAUACACUGUUGAAGGUGUCGAACCAGAUGACUUGAUGUUGACUGCUUGUUUGGCUGCUUCCAGAAAGAAGAAGGGUUUGGAUGCUAUUGACAAGGCUUUCUUGAAGUCCUUGAUUAACUACCCAAGAGCCAAGAACGCUUUGACUAAGUACAAGGUUUUGGAAUUCCAACCUUUCGACCCUGUUUCCAAGAAGGUUACUGCUAUCGUUGAAUCCCCAGAGGGUGAGAGAAUUGUUUGUGUUAAGGGUGCUCCUUUGUUCGUCUUGAAGACUGUCGAGGAUGACCACCCAAUCCCAGAAGACGUCCACGAGAACUACCAAAACACUGUCGCUGAAUUUGCUUCCAGAGGUUUCAGAUCGUUGGGUGUUGCUAGAAAGAGAGGCGAAGGCCACUGGGAGAUUUUGGGUAUUAUGCCAUGUAUGGACCCUCCAAGAGAUGACACUGCUGCUACUGUUGCUGAAGCUAGAAACUUGGGUUUGAGAGUCAAGAUGUUGACUGGUGAUGCCGUUGGUAUUGCUAAGGAAACAUGCAGACAAUUGGGUCUUGGUACUAACAUUUACGAUGCUGAAAAGUUGGGUCUUUCUGGCGGUGGUGACAUGGCUGGUUCUGAAAUUGCUGACUUUGUUGAAAAUGCUGAUGGUUUCGCUGAAGUUUUCCCUCAACACAAGUACAACGCUGUUGAGAUUUUGCAAAACAGAGGUUACUUGGUUGCUAUGACUGGUGAUGGUGUUAACGAUGCCCCAUCUUUGAAGAAGGCUGACACUGGUAUUGCCGUCGAAGGUGCUACCGAUGCCGCUAGAUCCGCUGCUGAUAUUGUUUUCUUGGCUCCAGGUUUGUCUGCUAUCAUUGAUGCUUUGAAGACCUCCCGUCAAAUUUUCCACAGAAUGUAUGCUUACGUUGUCUACAGAAUUGCUUUGUCUUUGCACUUGGAAAUUUUCUUGGGCUUGUGGAUUGCUAUUUUGAACAGAUCUUUGAACAUUGACUUGGUUGUUUUCAUUGCUAUUUUCGCUGAUGUUGCUACCUUGGCUAUUGCUUACGACAAUGCUCCAUACGACCCAGCUCCAGUUAAGUGGAACCUUCCAAGAUUGUGGGGUAUGUCCAUUAUCUUGGGUAUCAUUUUGGCUGUCGGUACUUGGAUUACCUUGACUACUAUGUUCAUGUCCAAGGGUGGUAUCAUCCAAAACUUCGGUUCUAUUGAUGGUGUUUUGUUCUUGCAAAUCUCCUUGACUGAGAACUGGUUGAUUUUCAUCACCAGAGCCAACGGUCCUUUCUGGUCCUCUAUUCCAUCUUGGCAAUUGUCUGGUGCUGUCUUGGCCGUCGACAUCAUUGCCACCUGUUUCACCUUGUUCGGCUGGUGGUCUCAAAACUGGACCGACAUUGUGUCUGUUGUCAGAACCUGGGUCUUCUCCUUCGGUAUCUUCUGUGUCAUGGGUGGUGCUUACUACUUGAUGUCUGGUUCUGAAGCCUUUGACAACUUCUGUAACGGCAGACCAAACAAGAAGCCACAACAAAACUCCAGAGCUGUUGAGGACUUCUUGGUCUCCAUGGCCAGAGUGUCUACUCAACACGAGAAGUCCUCUUAA